AACACAACUGACAGCACCACUUUUUGUGGAAUACCGUGGCUGUGCUUCUCAUUUUACUCUCUCGAAACCAAAACAAAUGCCAAUGCCAUAUAAAGCAACCCUCCACUUUACCAAAUCUACAGGUGGGAUUUCUGUUUUCUGAAAUUUUUUCUCCAUCUGGGUCUGAUCCAAAUUUGUUGGAAUUCUCAUCAAAUGGAUCAUAAUGAGAAAUACUCAGAGGAGUUAAAUGUGGCCGUCAGGGUUGUGCAUAUGGCUUGUGCUCUCUGUCAAAAGGUGCAAAAGAGUUUGCUCUCUACCACUUUUGAUGAUGAUGUUAAGUCCAAGGAUGACGAUUCUCUUGUUACUGUUGCAGAUUGGAGUGUGCAAGCAACUGUAAGCUGGAUCCUUUCAGAUGCUUUUGGCAGCGAAAAUGUCUCCAUAGUCGCUGAAGAAGAUGUGCAAACUCUCUCCAAGUCUGACUCAGCAGGUCUGUUGGGUAAAGUUAUUAGCACUGUUAACGAAUGCUUAGCAGAAGCUUCCAAAUAUGGUCUAAAAAAUCCUGAGGAAGCCCUGGGGCCUUUAGAAGUUCUUGAGGCUAUUAGUCGCUGCAAUUCAAGUGGCGGUCCUCUCGGUAGGCAUUGGGUUCUUGACCCGGUUGAUGGAACAUUGGGGUUUGUGCGUGGAGGUCAAUAUGCUGUGGCACUAGCAUUAAUUGAUAAUGGAGAAGUUGUGAUGGGAGUGCUAGGUUGUCCUAAUUACCAUGUAAAGAGGGACCGGCUUAGUAACCAGAAGCAAAAUCAUAUUGCAUCAGAUAUUUCAAUGCACUCAUCUGAUGUUUUGGAAGUAGGAUGUGUGAUGUACACAAGGAAAGGUACUGGUGAGGCUUGGGUGCAGCCACUUGUUUAUGGGGAUAGGAAAUUUGAGUGGCCAAAUUUUGCAAAACAAAUUCACGUCUCUUCAAUUGAUGAUGCCGCAUUGGCAACUUUUUGUGAGCCAGUCGAGAGAGCCAAUUCAAAUCACAGCUACACUGCUGGACUUGCUUGCUCUGUUGGGCUUAGAAAUAAGCCCCUCCGUGUUUAUAGCAUGGUAAAAUAUGCGGCCAUAGCACAGGGAGAUGCUGAAAUUUUCAUGAAAUUUGCAAGAGCUGGUUACAAAGAGAAGAUUUGGGACCACGCAGCUGGUGUUCUCCUUGUACAAGAGGCUGGCGGUGUUGUAACCGAUGCAGGAGGGCGUUCACUUGAUUUUUCUAGAGGGAUAUACUUGGAAGGUCUUGAUAGGGGAAUAGUUGUUUGCUCCGGCGUUAAGCUGCAUGAGAAACUAAUUGGAGCUGUUUAUGCCAGCUGGGAUUCCUCUAAUCUAUGAGCCUCCCUUUUCUGCUCGACAGUCGGUGAUGGAAUCCUAUCUUAUUACGCGCUUCCAGGUGACAAACCUUUGCAAAUGGAGUUCGCUUUUGCAAUGGUUCAUGAAGAUCCGUGUUUGCUCUGGGACGACAUUGCGGACUGGUUAUCAAGAAACAGGUAAAUCUGAGGCUAGUGUUGCAGAGAAAUGUUUCCUAAAUGGCUGGUUAGUUUACCAAAAGGCAGAAAAUCUGAGGCUACUAUACUGCAGAGAAGAGUUUGCUUGUCGUUCUGGGAUCGUGGAGGGGAAACUUUAUUGCUUCAACGACCAAGUUAAAAGUACAUAUAUGUUCCAGUCUUCAAUCCCCUCCCUUAACGAAGAUGCAAAAGAAGACUGUUGCUGGAUUCUGAUACUAUUGGUAGAUAUCUCAGUUUUAAAAUGGAUUAGAAUGUCCAGUAACCCGAUUUGACUCAUGGGAACUUUUUACCAUAACAUAAUCCUUUUAUCAUUUAUGUAUUCCAUUGACACACACACACACAUUUUAAUUUGAAUACAAAUCUACAAAUUGAGACUUGUAU